AUCGGAGCGAGCUGAAGGAGUCCGCCGGCUGUCGAGAGUCAGACUCAAAGUGGAACUGCGAUGGAAUGCUUCAACAGCAUGCUCCUCAAACUGCGGGAGGUCCACGAGCGAGAAGUGGAGGGUGUGUUGUCGGUUCCAGGCUGGCAGGGGAAGAUCCAGGAGCUGGCCAACAAGAAAGGCUGUGAUACAAAGCGAAUGGAGGACCUGUUUUCCAAAAACCAGCAGAUGAAAGAACAGCAGCGAGUGCUCACCGAGAACAUCAAGACCUUGGAGAACAGGCUGAGGGCGGGGCUGUGCGACCGCUGCACCGUGACUCAGGAGGUGGCCAAGAGGAGGCAGCAGGAAUUUGAGUCCUCGCAGAUCCAGAGCAUCCAGCACAUCACUCUGCUGGCGGGAGAGAUGAACAACCUGAAGCAGGAGAACAAGCAACUCAGAGAGGAGCUGCGGAGCAUCAGAGCAGCUCUGGAAAAAUGCUCCAACAGCAGCAGCAGCACCACCACAGAGGUCAAACCAAACAGCUCCCCUGACCUCCCACCCUCACCUGGCCCCGUGGCCCUCGUCUCUCAGGCCACCGGCAGGGCCGGUAACCAGCCAGCAGAUGGCAGCGUUGCAGCGAACAACGAGGCGGACCAACGAGCUGAAGAAAGUGAACAAAGGCGCUUGAGAGGGAUGAACAGAAGCUACUUUGAGUCGUACAAGCCUCUCUCCUGGAGGACGGAGCACGGUGUGACCCGUCUUGGAGAGAGGAGAGCCCAGUGUGUAGACGGACCGGACCAGCGCUGCACCAUACCUCCUCAAGCUCUCCUUCUCAAGACCUCUUCUUCCUUGACUGGUGGAGAAGUGAACCCCAGCAGACAUGUGCUCCACGCUCCCGUGCCCUGCCGUCCUCAGCCAAUCAAGAGCAGCCCUGUCAGUUUCCCCUGGGGUGUAUCCGAGUCCUCAGACUGGGUUACGGCGGCUGCUCCCGGGACCAGCUUGCUGCAACCGUCUGCCAAGUCAAACCUGCCGCGCUUUCCCAACCUGAUCCCGACCAGCCAACACGCCGCCAGCCCCUUAAGGCAGGUGUUUGGGUCUCCUUGGCACAAGCUGAGCGCCCUUCAGCCCCACGCCAAAGAGCCCACCGUGGUGUUCAGGUUGAGAAGUCUGCAAGAGCACGUCGAGACUCAAACUAAGCCCCAAGAGAAAAAGGAAGUUCUGGUUACCAAAACGGAAAGGGUCUCCGCCGAAGGUCUAAGAGAGGCGUACGACGGGCCUCUGGACUUAUCGGAUCGAGCAAAGUCCAAAUCCAGCCCGUGGGGAAGAGAUGAUUCGCCCACAUCCUUACAUGGUGGAGACAGAGUACACAUGAGCCCAGACCUGGACGGGAAGGCAAAUCUAUCUUCACCUGGAGCGGUAUCAUCCCAUUCUCCUGUCGCUCCUCCCUCGUGCUCCUGGACUCCUGGCCGACCGGUCAAACGAGAACAAGAAGAGUCUCCCAGUGACCACAACCACAAGGUAAUCAAAGAGCCGGAGCAGAAAGAGGAGGGCAACGGGAAGACCGACCAAAGCAACGGGAAGAAGGUGCCCGUCCUCACCAUAUCCUUACGGCCAGUUGUGGUGCUGGAGAACCUGAAUUCUGCUCUACAAGAAUCCUUCUCAUCGAAUGGCAAGGUGAGGUCCUUCCUGCCACCGGAGCAGAUACCGGCGCCGUCACCGGCGACUGAGCCGGCGAGCAGCUCGGGCGAGCACGGCGAGGAGGAGGGGAGCGUGUCAGGACAAGAAGACAACCGCGGCGGCAAGAGGAAGAGGGCGUCGGCGGAGACGGAAACCGACCGAGACUCGGAAACAGAGCACAUCCAGCGGGAGAGGAAGAUGAAGAUCUCAGUGAGACCUGAGGAGAAGAGCACUUGCUAAAGACACAACAGUGACUCACAGCAGAGGCAAAAACAAAAUGUGGAUUCAUGUGGCGUUUUGGUGUCCACCGGAAAAAUCCAACAUUUAUAUGGACAUUAAUAUUCCGUUUAGAUUCAGGAUAUUCAAAGAGUCAUUUUAUAGAGCAGGAACGUUUGACAUCUGGUACCAUAUAGUGUUUGCAAUAAAUGGUAAAUGUCCAAUUCCUGCUGACGUAAAUCUCAAUGUGUGACCUUUGACAUUCCAAAAGGAGCCGGUGGUUUGAUGACAACAUCUAUUAGGUAUUGAGUUGUUUUUUUUAACGACACAAAUUCCAUUCCCACGAAGGUGCGAAAUCAAAAAUAUUAUGAAAAGGACACUCAUCUUCACCGUGGGCCACAUCAGCAUCAUGGCCGCCUCUUAAAGGACCGGUGUAACUGAAGCACUGUUUAAACUACUCCCGUUACUGUUGGAUAACUCUCUUUGCAUUUGAUUAUUGUUUAUUCCAGAGUAGAAAUAUCGUACACAUGAACAUUUCUCUAAUAUGAGAACACAAAUCCAUUUAAUUUGAAACCUUCAAAAUAAAAGCACAGGAUAUAAAGGCGAUCAUAUGUCGUUCAAGCCGUUAGGGGCCGCUUAAAAUGACGUGGUGGGCCGCAUUCGGCCCGCGGGCCUUGUGUUUGACACCUGUGCUUUUGACUCUCUCCAUCUGAAUUUAAAGGUAAACAUUAAUGUGCAUUUAAGCACACAUUAGCAACCUGUUCAGUAUAGUUGUUUGGUGGAGAACUGAGAUGCGGUCAAGCUUAAAAACACAGACUUUUGUAACAACAGUACACAAAGUACAACACACACUGGCUUUACUGUCACUGCAUCUAUUUCUGACACGGCGCCUCCCCUCCACCACGGUCUUCAGUGAAAACCAAGAAAAAAAACAUGUUCCUCUUCCUCUUUUUCAUUUUCAGAACACACAUAUUUUGCAAGUAUUAACUUUCCGUUCACAGCUGUAACAGCUGGCGGUCAGAAGCGAUUAAAAAAGACAAAACAGUGACGGAGUCAGUUGAAUAACCGACACCUUUGUGAUACUGCGCUAUUAAGUCAACGUGUCCUUUUUGUGUAACUAUAUAAGCUAUUUUUUGGAAUGUUUAUGUGCUAAUCGAUGGGCAGAAUCAGUCGAUAUUUACCAAAAAAAAGUGAUUGUUAUUUUUCAGUCCUUUAUUAUCCUGUGUGAAACCCUGAGCAGCCGUAAUGCUGUUUUAUUGAUUCCUCGUUUUUUCUACCAUGUCUCUCUAAAGCCAUUAGAGUCCAUUAAGCACUUGGUCAACGGUCAUUGGACAAAAUAGCCUUCCCCUGCCAUUUGUAUCUCUCAGUUAAUUAAAAUGAGACUGACUGUAUUGUAAGUCCUAACGGGCUUUGGCUUUUACAGUAUGCUAAUCCAUCUCUAUGAAGCUGUAUUGUUGUGUGGCCUCAACAGAAAUACAGCGUAUACUCUUAGAAACUUUUGUCUGACUGCACUACUUCUAAUGCUGAAAUAAACUUCCGUUUUUUUUA